AUCAUCACGAACUUCCCCUAUGCGGAGACAGCCAAUGCAGAGGUGCAGCCAUACCUCGAUGCUGACAAGCCUUGGAAUGGUGAUCUCUUUCCCCCAGAAACCCGUCGCUGUGCCAAUCUCGCGGGGCGCAGCCAGACGGCCCGAGAAAACUGGCUGAUUGACCCGCUCAUCCGCACUUUGACGGCCCAUUUUGUGGAUAAAACCACCACCAACUUCUACGGGGAGACCAAACACACGUACACAAGUGAGGCCAUUUGUUCCAUCGCAAUAACAUUCGACAUCGGCCCCGGAGCCAAGGCACAGCGACUUCACCGAGACGAUAAGAACUUUCAUGUUGAUCAUGAAGAUCAGCGAGCUACCGGGUAUCGGGUUGGGUCGGAUGUGAUGAUGGCCUUCAUGGUUCCCGGGGUGAAGACCACGGUCGAGAAUGGCGCCACCAUCGCCAUCCCCGGCAGCCACCUCUGGGGAUCCGACCGGGUGCCCAAGGUUGACGAAGCAGUGGCGGCGGAGAUGGAUCCGACUGAGUGUUGGGUGAUGCUUGGAGGACUGUACCAUGUGGGCGGGGCAAAUGUCACACAAAGCGAACGACGGGCGGUACAUGGCAUGUUCUUCACGCGCGGGUUUCAUCGACAGGAGGAAAACAUCUAUCUUGCGAAUACCGCUGCCGAGGUGUUUUCUUGGUCUCCUGUAGCCCAGAAAGUAAUGGGAUACGAGCUGUCUAGUCCGAACAUCGGGUUUGUCAAUUUCCAGACACCGUUGCAGUAUCUGCGGGGAGAGGGGGUCGGCGACGCUUUCGGGGACUUUGACCCUUCGCAGGAGAAGCCAAAUGGAGAAACACCGUGA